GCACCAGUCAUUCAGGCAUGACUGCUACACAUAUUAGUGUUGAAGUUUGUGGUUUCGGACUAAUGGGAUGAGGCUCGUAAUCAUGUGCAUGUGAGACGAAGAGACGUUAUUUUACUUGGCAUGUCUCGGCGUUAGCAAGUGACUUUUCCCGUGCGGUCGAAGCAGCACGGCGGCGGGAGGCCUCUGCCUUCCUCCUGGUCGUGAUCGCCUCGAGGGUCGAAGGAGAGAUGGGCUGGCGAAAAGCCGGCGCAGGAGAUGACCGCUGGACGGGCCCCGCUGUCCCCGUGGCGACGGUGCCGUCCCCGCCCGCUGCCCGCGGGAAAGGCAGGGCGGGCAGCGCUCGGCCGCGCUCGGUGCCUGCAGUGCCGGGAGGAGGCUGCGGGCGCCGCUGUUGACCGAGGAGGAGCGAGAGGAAGGCCGGAGCGCUGCCGGCAGCCCCGCCCGCUGCGGCCCGGCUCGCUCGCUCGCUCGCUGGCUGGCUGGCUCGGCGGCCGGGCGGUCUGCGAGCGUCCCCGCGGUGCGGAGCCGUGCUGCAGCGAGGCGGAGGGGCCGGCGGCAGUGGCCGGGAGCGGCAGCCGGGGCCGGAGCCUUAGAGGGAAGCGGAGCCGGAGCCGGGCGUCUGCGAGGAGCGUGCGGCGGCGGUGCGGGGCCGGCGGGGCCGCGGCGGCGAUGUGCGCGGCGGGGAGGCGCUGGGGCCGGCGGGAGCGAGCCGUGCUGUGGUGCGUCCUGGUGGCGGCGUGGGAGGCGGCGUGGGGGCAGCUGCGCUACUCGGUUCCCGAGGAGAUGCCGAAGGGCUCGUUCGUGGGCGACGUGGCCAAGGACCUGGGGCUGGAGCUGCCGGCGCUCCGCGAACGCGGCGUCCGCAUUGUCUCCCAAGGGAGGACGCAGUAUUUCGCUCUGCAUGGGAAGACGGGACAUUUGGUGACGGCGGAGAGGAUAGACAGAGAGCAGCUGUGCCGGCUGGUGGAGAAAUGCGUGCUGCGCUGUGAGGUGAUAGUGGAGGGGGAAAUGCAGGUUUACGGCAUCGAAGUGGAAAUCACGGACAUUAACGACAACGCGCCCAGCUUCAAGGAAAUCGCGCUGGAGGAGAGAAUGAGCGAGACGACAGCCCCGGGGUCGCGGUUUCCCCUGGCCGAGGCCCACGACCCGGACUCGGGACGGAAUUCGCUGCAGAGCUACGAGCUGAGCGGCGACGAGCACUUCUCGCUGGCCGUGCAGGCGGGCCCCGGCGGGGAUCAGCGUCCCGAGCUGGUGCUGGCGAAGGCGCUGGACCGGGAGGAGGCGGCGUUUCACGAGCUGGUGCUGAGGGCGAGCGACGGCGGAGAGCCGGCGCGGACGGGCACGGCGCGGAUCCGCGUGGCGGUGCUGGACGCGAACGACAACGCGCCCGUGUUCAGCCAGGCGGAGUACACGCUGCGUGUGCCGGAGGACGUGCCCGUGGGCUCCACCCUCGUCACCGUCACGGCCACCGACGCCGACGAGGGGCUCUACGGGCACGUGAAGUAUUCCCUGAAGAAAGCGACAGACGUGGCAUCGGAGAUUUUCCAUCUGGACACUGAGACGGGAUUGAUCACACUGGUGCGGAGCCUGGACUUCGAAGAAGGCGACUCGCACGAACUGGAGGUGCAGGCACGGGACGGCGGGGGUCUUUCCGACACGGCCAAAGUCGCGAUCACGGUGACAGACGUCAACGACAAUGCGCCCGAACUGACAGUGUCGUCGGCGCUGAGCGCGAUCUCGGAGGACGCGCCGCCGGGGACGGUGGUGGCCCUGCUGCACGUGCAGGACCGGGACUCGGGGGCGAACGGCGAGGUGCGGUGCAGCAUCGCCGAGCGCCUCCCGUUCCGGCUGGAGAAGUCCUUUGAGGACUACUACCGCGUGGUGACGGCGAGGGAGCUGGACCGGGAGGAGGUGGCGGAGUACAACGUGACGGUGCGGGCGGCGGACGGCGGGUCGCCGGCGCUGUGGAGCAGCGCGGUGCUGGCGCUGCGGGUGCUGGACGUGAACGACAACGCGCCGGUGUUCGCGGAGGCGCGCUACAGCGCCCGGCUGCCCGAGAACAACGCGGCGGGCGCGCUGGUGCUGACGGUGCGGGCGGCGGACGCGGACUGGGGGCAGAACGCGCGCGUGCGGUACCGGCUGUCGGAGGGGCGGGUGCGGGGCGCGCCGCUGUCGUCCUACGUGUCGGUGCAGGCGGAGACGGGCGCGCUGUACGCGCUGCGCUCCUUCGACUACGAGGAGGUGCGCGAGGUGGGGCUGUGGGUGCGGGCGGAGGACGGCGGCGCGCCGGCGCUGAGCAGCAACGUGUCGGUGCGGCUCGUGAUCGUGGACGAGAACGACAACGCGCCGCAGGUGCUGUACCCGCCGGCGGCGCCGGCGGCGGGCGCGGGCUGGGCGGGCGUGGAGCUGGCGCCGCGCUCGGCGGAGCCCGGGGCGCUGGUGGCCAAGGUGGUGGCGGUGGACGCGGACGCGGGGCAGAACGCGUGGCUGUCGUACGAGCUGGCCAAGGCGACGGAGCCGGGGCUGUUCCGCGUGGGGCUGCACAGCGGCGAGGUGCGGACGGCGCGCUUCCCGCUGGCCCGCGACGCGGCGCGGCAGAGCCUGGUGGUGGUGGUGAAGGACCACGGGCGGCCGGCGCUGUCGGCCACGGCCACGCUGACGGUGGUGCUGGCGGAGAGCGUGGCCGAGCUGCUGUCGGAGCUGGGCAGCGCGGCGGCGGCGGCGCCGGGCGAGCCGGCCGGCAGCCUGACGCGGUGGCUGGUGGUGGCCGUGGCGGCCGUGUCCUGCCUCUUCCUCGCCUUCCUGCUGCUGCUGCUGGCGCUGCGCCUGCGGCGCUGGCGCCGCUCGCAGCUGCUGGCGGCGGGCAGCGGCGCCUUGCGCGGCGUCCCGGCCUCGCACUUCGUGGGCAUCGACGGCGUCCGCGCCUUCCUGCACUCCUACUCGCACGAGGUGUCGCUCACCGCCGACUCGCGCAAGAGCCAGCUCCGCUUGUCGGGCGGCAGCUGCUGCGACACCCUCCCGGCCCGGCCGCCGCCCGACGAGCCCGCGCCGCUGCUCGGGGAGGACCCUGCCGGCGCCCGCCGCGCGGACCCCGCCGCUCCCCCGGUGAGUUCCUCCCACCAGCCCUUCUCCGCGGCGCGACGGACGCGACGCUUCCCUCCGCUGCUUCUCCGCCCUUUCCCCCCGUCUUCUGUCUCCUGCCUCGGGAGGUGGAGGUAG